GCUUUAAAUGCGACACCCAGACGCCAUUUAGAAAUAGGUCUGUAACUCUAAAAGCAGGUCUGGAGAUCUGUAGUAGACCCUCAAAGUUUUCUGGUAAAUUAGGCAUAAAAAGUUCUCCAUCCAUGAGCAUUUCGGUUGAGUGAAUGUGUACUUUUAAAAAGUUGUUUACGCCGCUCGCUGCUUCGACAGGUGGCGACUGUAGAAAUGGCAACACAACGUACAGUCGCACAGUAUAUUACGGUAAUGUAAUGGACUGGGUGCGAGCUGGACUGUGACUGCACCUUCUGUAAUAAAGGUCGAUGAUGAAAAGACUUCAGCUGGGAGUCAAAACCGAAAACAUCCGAGACCUCGGAGCAGCUGAGAUGCCUAACUAUGAGAACAACGGUGUACGGGACCGAUGGUUGGACUACCAUCCCGUAGGACGGAGGAUACCAGGGACUCGAUUCAUUGCCUUUAAAGUACCUUUAAAAUCACCUCUGAACUGUCGGGUCCCAGCAUCAGAAUCCUUGGGUCUGUGGGACCUGCUGGACUUUCUGGAGAAUCAGAACCAGGAGCUGAGUCUGAUCAUUGACCUCACUUUCACCAAGAGGUACUACAGCCUGCCGGACGUCCCUCAGUCCUGUUCUUACGUGAAGAUCCGCACAAAGGGUCACCAGGUUCCCUCUGACGCCAACAUCCUGACCUUCAAACGGGAGGUGAGACAGUUCCUGAAGGAGAACCAGGACAAUGACAAGCUGAUCGGAGUCCACUGCACCCACGGCUUGAACCACACUGGAUACCUGGUCUGCAGGUACCUCAUAGACGUGGACAGGCUGGAUCCUUUGACAGCUCUGAAGCCCUUUAACUCCUGCAGAGGUCAUCUCAUCGAGAGGCAGAACUACCCCAAAGAUCUGCAGCGAGGCGCCAAGAGGAGCAACAGCGGCAUCGACGAGCAAGAGAAAGAGGCAGCCCGAGGGCUCCCUGGGCCGAGGCACCACCGCCAAGGAAAAGCCCGCUGUCCGGUGGUGACCCGGCAGAGGAGACUCAACUAGCCGGCGAGAAGCAACCGCCUGGUAACCGCCGUCGUCAUGGAGCUCGGCAUUGACAGGGGACAGACCACAAGUCCUGUGAUAGACCUCCACAAAGUGGCGUCCUCCCCACACCUCCUUUACAUUUAAAUAAUCAAAAAUCAGAUUUGUUAAACUGAAAUCAAAAUGAGUUUUUCUAUAAAUCCGUCUCCUUGGCAUUUGACUUGUUCUAAUUUAGACAAAUUUGUCAUAGAUAAAAAAUUUUAGUUCAGACAAAAAUCCCUCCAGGAGGUCCAUUUAGUAGCUGCUCUGGAGCUUUCGAUCAUAUCGAGAACUUUGAGGACUUGUCGUCCACAUUGGUUUAAAAGCGGAGUUUUAAAGUUGACGUUGGAAACAGCACUUUGACAAAAAGAAUCUCACCAUGAAUGAGUCCAUCUGCUGAGGAAGAUCAGUGAAAUGACUGAAAGCUUCCGAGCAGCUACUAAAUGAAACUUGUGCCGGUUUUUUUCAGCAGUUGUUUCAAAGGUUAUGAUGUUUCCCUUAACACACAGCUUCCUCUUGUGGCCUCUCAGGGUACUAUAACUCCAGUUUGACCAGUUUCAGUCCCAGAGCUCCCAGUUCCAGUCCCAGAGCUCCCAGUUCACUCAUCAGCCUCUCAGAGUCUCUAACGUCAAAUUUAGACGUGUGGCAAGUUUUCUGUUUCAGGACAAUCGGGACAGUGUGAAAAUUAAGAAACACUUGAUGUGAAUAGAUAGCGUGAAAUUUGGGUUCAUCCAGAAAAAUCCAAGUAGAAAAUGUUUUUAUUAGAAAUCAGAAGCUGUAAACUUAUAACAAUAAUCCCUUUGGUUAAGUCAGAGUUUUUGUCCUUGAACGCACUGAAGUGAGAACAUGAUGUAUUGGGUCCUGUCAAUGAACACAAAGGCUGACCUGAGAAAACGGAGCAUCUAGCAUCAAAAGGUAAACACAACAUCUUAGAAAUCAUAUUAACGCUCCUUUAUCUAAACUAAACUUUGUGUUUCAACACAGACCUGAAUGAAUCCCAGGAAACUGCCAUAGUUUUGAUUAAAACACUGGCUCUGGAAAAAAACAUCCUGAACAACAAAACGUGAAUCAAUCUCAAAAAAAAAUAACUGGUAACAGAAAUUAGACAAAACUGAUCUGAGGUUCAGAGAGAGACUGAAGCAUCUGUAUAUCUGAAAAUUUAGAAACGUUUCCUCAAAAUGCUGCUGAACUCAGCUGGUCGUGAUUUAAGCUGUCGACCAUCAGAUGCACAAUAGAAUCAGUAACCCACCAUACAUGACUUUAACUCCCCAUCCUGGAGGUGUGGACCCCCCCACCAAGAGAUCACAACAUGUCUUUUACUGAACAGAAGAAAUUAUAAUUCUGCUACAUUAAGGUUUUUACUCAUUUUCUUAUGGAGCAGUAUUAGGACCAUUGUUAAAAGAAAAAUAAAAAUCUGAAAUUUUGAGAAUUGAGUCAAAAAUCAUGAGGAAGGAAAAUAGUUAUUUAGAGAAUAACCUUGUACUAUUUUGAGUAAAGUAUCUCAAAAUAUAACUUUUUUUUCUAGAGGAUUAUAACAUUUUCUUUUUGUAUAAAAAACAAGUUAAUCUUCAAAAACUUGAAAUCAUUAGUUUGAGAGUCAACAAUUUACAAGUAAAACAUUUAAAUAAAAAGCAAUAUUAUGAGGAUAAAGCUGUAACAUUUUGAAAAAGAUUUACAAAGAACAAGUCAAAAUAUUUUGAAAAGUAUCUUGAAAUAUUAUUUUUCCUACAAAUAUGACCUUUUCUGAUAAAGGUUUGUGGUUUUCUCCAAAUAUGACAUCUUUUGUUCUUUGAAUAAAGUCAAAAAUGUACAAGAAAAUUAUUUUGGCAAAGUUUCUGAAAUGUUACAACUUUUACAACUCGUCUUCUCAAACUAAUACUUUUCUCCUAAAAUUGACAAAUUACACUUGUCCCAAAAUAUAUAUUUCUUUUUACGUAUUUCAACCUUUUCUCCAAAUAUUCCAACUUUUUUCUUGUAACAUUGUGACUUUAUCCUGAAAAUCUCAGAAUUUGUUUUCCGAUGGUGCCGUUAAAACUUGUUGUAAUGUCUCUCUUUGCUUUUUUUCCUGUGAAAUAUAAAAAUUCAAACUGGAAAAACCAACCUAUCAGACUCUUCUUUAGUGAUGUCAGCAUGAUGUCAGAGUCUCGCCUCAGGGAUGCAGACCGACCGUUCAUCAAGGUGAUCUGAAUCAGUUUGUUUGGAGGUUGCAGAAAUGACGGACUA